AUGCCGGUCAUUGCUUUGAGUCGCAACACCUCUGCGAACAAGACCUGCCAACAGAGCUCACUGGAGCAGGGAGACAUCCCGUCAUCCCUUCGGCACCUGACAAAGAUUCAGAUCCUGCUGAACGAUGUUAAGCAGUCGAUUAACCACAUGCAGGGGAAGCUGAACACCAUGCAGGGGCAGUGUAUUGAGUUGCAGACUGCCAUAUCUAAGAUCAUCCCAGCAGCCGACGUUGCUGUACAGAGUGGGGGGGGGGAAACAUCCAACAUCGCUGGGCAGGGGGAGGGGAUCCUCCCAAAAGCCAACUUUGCUGCGCAGAGGGAGGAGGUCCUCCGAGCAUCAGGCCUCAUCCCUGCACAGAGGGAUGGGAUCCUCCAAACAACCAGUGUCCCUGCACAGAGGGAAGGGAUUCUCCCAGCAGCCAUCAUCACGGCACAGAGGGAGGAGAUCCUCCGAGCAUCAGGCCUCAUCCCUGCACAGAGGGAUGGGAUCCUCCAAAAAACCAGUGUCCCUGCACAGAGGGAAGGGAUUCUCCCAGCAGCCAUCAUCACGGCACAGAGGGAGGAGAUCCUCCGAGCAUCAGGCCUCAUCCCUGCACAGAGGGAUGGGAUCCUCCAAUCAACCAGUGUCCCUGCACAGAGGGAAGGGAUUCUCCCAGCUGUCAUCAUCACUACACAGAGGGAGUUGAUCCUCCUGAUGGCCAGUGUCACUGCGCAAAGGAAGGGAAUCUUCCCAACAGCCAGCGUCCCUGCUCACAGGGAGUGGAUCUUCCCAAAGGCCAGUGUUCCUGCACAGAGGGAGGGGAUCCUCCCCACAGCCAGCGUCCCCUGUGGAGAAUGGAAACAAUCAUCCACAACCACCUCCCAUCAUCCCCAUGUUGGCACCACUGUUGAAAUGGGAUGGUGGAGUGUGUACUCCACCUGUGGAUUUCUAUUCCAAGAGAAGAGGUCAUUUAAGCCUUAUCUUAUAAGUAAAGACAUUGCCAUUGUGAUAGCGUGGGAAUAA